AUGGCAAAUCUCGUCCCUGGUGUGCUUCUCAAACUUCUACAGCAUAUGAACACAGAUGUGAAAGUUGCUGGUGAGCACAGGUCCUCUCUAUUGCAAGUUGUGAGCAUUGUUCCAGCGCUUGCAGGCGGUGAGCUUUUCCCAAACCAAGGUUUCUACCUUAAGGUAUCAGAUUCCUCUCAUGCCACCUAUGUAUCUCUCCCUGAUGAACAUGAUGAUUUAAUUCUCAGUGAUAAGAUCCAACUGGGUCAGUUUAUUCAUGUGGACCGGCUCCAAGCCGCUACCCCUGUCCCCAUUCUCCAUGGGGUUAGGCCAGUACCAGGGAGACACCCUUGUGUGGGGAGCCCUGAAGACAUUGUUGCAACUGAUUCUCUUGGAUUUCUUAACAAUAAUUCGCGGUCAGGUUUGAAAACUGUAGAGAAAGUGAAACCUGAGUCUAAAGUAUUAGGAAAUGGUCAUGCUGGAGAAAGGGACAAACAUGGAAUAGUGAGAUCAAAUGGUAGUGCUAAGGAGGAGCAAUUGGAUAAGAAAAUAGGGUCUUUUGGUAGAUCAAAGUCUCAGCCAUCAAAACCAGCAUUAAAUGUUGAUGUGAAGAAGGAAUUGCCGAGAAUAAAGUCGUUGAAUUCACGGUCUAUCCCAUCAUCUCCCACAAGUUGUUAUUCGUUGCCAACUUCUUUUGAGAAAUUUGCAAAUGGGGUCAAGCAUCAUGCAAAAGUCAAGGGAACACCUAAGGUGGUGGGAGUUUUGGGAAAGGCAAGUUCUGCUCGUGGGGCUAGUCCUGGGAAGAGAUCAGUGGUGGGAAACCCGAUGAAGAAUUUUGUUCAGGGGUUUGAACUGGGAGCCAAGGCCCUGAGGAAGAGCUGGGAAGGAAAUAUGGAGGUGAAGAAUAGAGAGAGUUCAAAAUUGAGGGCUACCACACAUGAUCCGAAGCAAGAAGUUCGGAUGUCUGCUCCUAGAAAAAGUACAUCAAGUGAGAGGUUGCCAUCUAAAGAGGAGAAUAAGAUCCAGAUGUCUGCAAAGUCAUUGAAAGAAGAGAGUAAUGUUCAAAUGUCUACGAAGAAAGUUACUGCAAAUGGAACUUUGGGUGAUCAAGAUAGGUCAAAUAAACAAAGAGUUGUUGGAAAGAAAUCAACAGAUGCUAAUAAUGGAUUGCCUGCAAACUUGGUCAAGGUUUCUUUAAAUAAUAGAAAAUUGACAGAUGGAAGUUUUCCAUGGGCUUCACUCCCAUCAUCAGUUGCAAAGCUUGGAAAGGAAGUUUUGAGACACAGGGAUGCAGCACAAAUAGCAGCAAUAGAGGCGAUGCAGGAGGCCUCCGCUGCAGAGAGCUUGCUACGAUGUUUGAGCAUAUAUUCUGGGCUAACUACCUCUGCCAAGGAAGAUAACCCACAGCCUGCAGUGGAGCAGUUUUUAGCUCUCCAUGCUAGCUUGAAUAAUGCUCGUGUAGUUGCUGAUUCUCUAUCCAAAAUUAUACCAGCUGGUUCAUCCCCAGACCGUGAAGAAAGCCUAUCAGAAGAUGCACUAAAGAUAACAUCAGACAGACGGAAACAGGCAGCAUCUUGGGUGCAAGCUGCAUUAGCCACCAAUCUGUCAUCUUUUGCUGUAUUUAGUAAAGAGUCCAGUUCAACCUCUGUUCCAGCUUCAGCUUCCUCUCAAAAUCGAAAGAUUGUCUCUGCAAUUCAACCCAUGUUAGUUCUAGAAAAUUCUAUGAAGAAUACUUCAACAAAAUCCCAAGUCAAAGUUCGCCAGACAGUUGGUUCCAAGCUUCCAACACCAGGAACUCCUCGCCGACUAGGGGAUGGAUCAGCAAUCAGCCAAAAGCCACAGGCACAACCUCUACCCGAAUGGAAUAGAGGAAACGGCCUUGAUGAGGCUGUUGACUUGGCUGAAAUGUUGCGACUGCAAUCACAAGAUUGGUUUUUGGGGUUUGUGGAGAGGUUCCUGGAUGCUGAUGUGGACACUUCAGCUCUGUCAGAUAAUGAUCAAAUCGCAGGAAUGCUAACACAGCUCAAGAGUGUGAAUGAUUGGUUGGAUGAUAUUGGUUCUAGUAAAGAUGAAGCAGAAACAAAUGCUGUUUCAGCUGAAACCAUCGAGAGGCUAAGGAAGAAGAUCUACGAGUAUCUUCUUACACAUGUUGAAUCUGCUGCGGCUGCACUUGGUGGUGGAUCACAGUCAUCACCACGAAUUCGAACAACAGAUACAAAAGUAAGAAAGUGA